AUGGCUGAGCCAUGGACACUGCUGAGUAACAAGGAGGUCGCUUUGGGAGUUUCGAUUUCAGAGGCGCCGAGUAAUGAGUUGAUCGCGUCGCAAGCACAACCGAUCAAUGAACUGAUUCAAGCUGUUGGGACAGUGGUUGUAGGUCAGGAGCAGAUGAUCCGCUCGCUGGUGAUCGGCUUAUUGACAGGUGGGCAUGUCCUUCUUGAGGGUGUUCCUGGGCUUGCGAAGACGCUGACGGUAACGACGCUCGCGCAGGCACUGGAAGCGGAGUUUGCACGCAUCCAGUUCACUCCCGAUCUACUGCCAGCGGACUUGAUUGGUACGGAGAUCUACAACCCCAAAGAAUCGAGCUUCACGGCUCGGAAGGGACCGAUCUUCGCAAACAUCGUGCUAGCGGAUGAGAUCAACCGCGCUCCGGCGAAGGUGCAGUCUGCGCUGCUCGAAGCGAUGCAGGAACGACACGCAACGAUUGGCGGCGAGACCUAUUCACUCACGGGUGAGGGUGAGCCGUUCUUGGUGCUUGCGACGCAGAAUCCGAUCGAGCAGGAAGGGACUUAUCCGCUUCCGGAAGCACAGGUCGAUCGGUUCAUGCUCAAGAUCAAGGUUGGCUACCCUACGAAGGACGAGGAGCGGCUGAUUGUUGAUCGGAUGAUGAGCACGCUGGAGAUCCCCGAAGUCUCCUCGAUGAUGUCGCUUGAGCAGGUUGGCGCUGCACGGAAGACAGUCGAUUCGAUUUACAUCGAUGAGAAACUCAAGAACUACAUCGUCUCGAUUGUUCAAUCAACGCGUGAUCCAUCCACGGCUGGGGUGCCUUGGAAGUUGGACAUGGAGAAACUCAUUGAGUUUGGUGCUUCACCUCGCGCUUCACUCUCGCUUGCUCGCGCUGCUCGAGCCAAUGCGUUCUUGGAAGGACGCGGCUUUGUCACGCCGAGCGAUGUGAAGAUGAUCGGGAUGGACGUGCUACGUCAUCGUGUGAUGAUCUCUUAUGAGGCGGAAGCGGAAGGUGUCACGAGUGAGGACCUGGUGCAGGAAGCGGUUAAGCGGCUGGAAAUCCGUGCACGGCGACGGGUGGAUGACCUGUUCGGUGGGAGCUAUCACUCGGCGUUUAAGGGGCAGGGGAUCGAGUUCUCUGAGGUGCGAGAGUAUCAGCCGGGGGAUGAUGUCCGUUCAAUUGAUUGGAAUGUGACGGCGAGAAUGGGGCGGCCGUUUAUCAAGCGUUUUGAAGAGGAAAGGCAGCUGACCGUCGUGCUCGCGGUGGACUGCUCAAGGUCUACAGCGUUUGGGACAAUCAGGCGUUCGAAGCAUGAACUUAUGAGUGAGGUGGGUGCUGUGCUCACGCUCGCGGCUGGCCGGAACAACGACAAGGUGGGGUUGUGCUUGUUUGGGUCGGACCACCUGGAAGAUGGGAAGACGCUGCAUGUUCCGGCGACGAAGGGACGGCUCCAUGGGAUGCGGAUUAUCCGUGAGCUGAUUGACGCUUCGCCGGGAAACAACCAAGAAGAUCUAUCGUCUGUGCUGAUGGAGAUCGGACGAACGCACAAACGGCGGUGCAUCGUGAUCGUGAUGUCGGACUUUUUAUCGGGGAUGAACAAUGAAGGCGAGCCACGCUGGGGGCGCGAGAUGCGGAUGCUCGCUCGCAAGCACGAGGUCAUCGCGGUGCAGUUCACUGAUCCUCGCGAGUUCGAACUCCCUCGCGCGGGCAUGAUCCGCAUGCAUGAUCCGGUGAGUGGCAAGCGGUUCCUCGUUGAUACUGGAUCAAAGAAAGUACGCACUCGGUAUCGAGAGCGUGCGAUCGCAGAAAAUGAGAUGAUUGUUUCAACACUGAAGAAUGCACAGAUCGAUCACAUCGAGCUCUCGUAUGCGGAGAUGAUGCGUGCGCUGCGAAUACAGAUUGUGAUUGGAGUGGCGCUUGCUCUGCUGCUCGGCGGAUGCGGAGGGACGAGUCCUGAGGGUGGUGUCCAGGAGUCCGCAUUGGAGUCGACGAUUGUCGAACCUCGCACAGGAGCGGAGUUGAUGGUGAUGCUCGAUCAAGAUUCGAUCGAGUUGACGGAAUCUCUGACGAUCCGAGCCGUGCUUCAGUGGGAUGAUGGGGUUCGUGUUGAGUUGAUUCAACCAAACUGGGUGGAACUGGGGUGGACAGUGGAAACUGAGAGCAAAGGGGCGGUGACCUUUGAUGGUGAACACUUCAUACGCGAGGAUGUCUUUGUCGCAUCACCGUUCCUUGGGGGUGAGUACUUGGUUGAUGGGUUUGGGAUUCGAGCCGGGACAGCGGAGAUUGGCAAGCGUAUCGCGCGACUGGCUCCGAUUGAAGUUCUGGUCGAUUCAGUACUCAGUGAAGAUGAUGGCAGCGAACUGGAGGGGGAAGUGUUGCUUGCGGGGAUGCCGGAAGAAGAGACCGCAGAGGAUCAUACUGGCGUGAUCGCGAUCUUUUCGGGAGUCUGUGUUGUGAUCGGAGGCUUGGCGGUGUGGUAUAUCCGUCGAACUCACGAAGACGAAACGCAAGGGGUUGAUCCGGCUUCAGUGUUGAUGAUCGCCGCUCACGCGGAGCGCUUGAAUGAUGAAGACAUUGGCUCAUUGCAUCGUGCACUGAUCGAGUUGAAGGGUCAGUAUGGCGGGCUCGGGGUGAUCGCACGCGAGGUGGAGUCGGCGCGGUUCUGCGGUGAAGAGAUAGACACAGCAGCCGUGCGGUUCGCAUAUCCUUGGGUGCUUUGGUUUGCGUUGAUCGUGCCGAUCAUCUGGGUGAUCCGUGUGCUUGGGGAUCGACGGAGGAGGGGCGUAGAAUCGUCUGUCCCCUCGCGCAUUGCCGCAGCGGGUAUGAGUCUGCGUACGCGUUUUCGUUGGGUUACUCCCCUGCUGCUCUCGCUUGGAUUGCUUGCGGGGCUCGUCGCACUGGCUCGUCCUCGCGAAGCGAUCACGGAUCGCAAGAGUCAGCAGGAUGCGAUCGCGAUCGAGCUUGUUGUUGACCGAUCGGGAUCGAUGAAAGAGCCGGCUGAGUUUGAGGGUACGCGGACAACCCGAUUGAUCGCGGUGAAGAAGGUGGUUGAGCAGUUCGUGGUGGGCAACGGGAAGGAACUCAAGGGGCGUGCGGGUGAUCUGCUCGGUCUUGUGGUGUUCGGAACUUAUGCCGACACGAUGAUGCCGUUGACACAGUCACAUGAUGUACUGGUGGAUGCGAUUCGACGCGUGGAGAUCCCGCGUGUGGAAAGCGAGCGGUCGACUGCGAUUGGUGAUGCGCUGGUGCUCGCAUGCGCUCGACUCAAAGCAUCAGAAGAUUCGAUGAAGGCGGAUCUAGAUGAUCCAAACUUUGAGAUCAAAAGCAAAGCGAUCAUCCUGCUGACCGACGGCGAGAAUCGCGCGGGGGAUUACUCCCCUGAUCAAGCGGCUCGGCUGGCGGCGGAAUGGGGUAUCAAGAUUUACAUCAUUGGGAUCCGUGGCGGGGUGCGGAACCAGUUCGGUGGGUUGGCAUUGGGUAUGGGGCAAGAGGUCAAUGAACGACGGAUGAGUGCCGUCGCAGAACACACAGGAGGCGGGUUCUGGGGUGUGAGUUCGCUUGAUGAUCUCGCGGAUGUGUACGCGACGAUUGAUGAACUCGAACGCACGGAAGUGCAGAUUUCCGAAACGACGCGGUAUGAGGAGUUGUAUCACCCAUUUGCGGACUUCGAGUUCGCGGAUUGGCGGUGGGCGCUGGCGCUCUGGGGUGUGAUUGCGUUGGUGGUUGUUGGUUUCAUUGCGGCGCACUAUCGCGUGAAAGUGGCACGCAAGUUUGCGGACAGUGAUCGCCUCCCGAUGCUGUUUGGUCGGCGGAGAUCAUUGAUCGUUGGGGCUCGAGGGAUCGCGAUGGUGCUUGGAUUGGUAUUGAUUGUGGGCGCGACGAUGCGGCCUCGCGCCAAUCCGCAUCAGGAAACCACUGAAGCGAAGGGACGCGACAUUGUGUUCCUCGUCGAUGUGUCUCGCUCGAUGCUUGCGCGGGAUGUGGCCCCGAAUCGGCUGGAACGCGCCAAGCUCUGGAUCACGGACUUGGUUGCGGAGCUUGAGACUGAUCGCAUUGGUCUGGUUGCGUUUGCAGGAUCGUCUUCGGUGCAAUCGCCUUUGACAACCGACCGAUUGUUCUUUGAUCUGGCGCUCGAUGAGUUAUCACCCAAGUCCGUUGAUAUGGGCGGCACCAAUAUUGGCGACGCAAUCCGUCGGUGUAUGGACAUGGUUUUCUACGAUCUCGAAGAUUCCGACAGUGCUUCGCAUCGCGACAUCAUCCUGAUUACUGAUGGCGAGGAUCAAGAAUCGCUUCCGAUUGAAGCGGCAACCGCGGCGGGUGCGGCCGGAAUUCGGAUCUUGGCGCUGGGGAUUGGUUCAGAGGGUGGUGCACGAGUGCUUGACGAAGACAAUCGUCCUGUCCGUCAGGGCGGCGAGUUUGUGCAGUCCCGACUUGAUUCUGGAACGCUCUCAAAGAUUGCAACGGCGACACCUGGCGGGGCGUACCUGGAGAUCGGGACGGGUGAUAUUGAUCUGGCGCAGGUGUAUCAGGACCUCAUCGCUCGCGGAGAUCAAGCGAACAUCGGGAGCGCUACGGUGACCCGAUGGGAUGAGCGGUAUGCGAUCGCGCUCGCUCCGGGCUUGAUGCUGAUCUGUCUUGAGAUGAUGCUUGCUGGAUUUGGGUUGCGCAAGGAGGAGAUCGAUCCGAUGGUGCACCUCCAGACGGCGCUGCAUGUUCAGGAGGACGACACUGAGUAUGCGAUGGAGUUGUACAGCGAGGUGCUGGAUCUCUCUGAUGAUGAUUCCGCUCGCUAUGUCGCGGCGCUCAAUCGUGGUGUGCUCGCGAUGCGGGGCGACGAACCAGAUUUGUCAUUCGCUGCGGAGUCUCUGCGGUUGGCUGGACGGUAUGCGACUACGCAAGGGCAACGCCGGGAUGCGAUGUUCAACCUUGGGCAUGCGCUGAAUCGUGGUGUUGAUGUGAGUGGCCAACUCAUGAUGGAUCCGGAGCAGAUUGGGAAGAUGAUUGGUCAGCUCAGAACUGUUGAGCGUGCGUUUUUGAGUGCUUCACGUGCUGAUCCAGAGCAUAAAGAGUCCAAACGCAAUGUUGAACGCAUCCGAAACCAGAUCAAGCAGCUUGAGGAUCUGAAGGAGCAGAUCGAACAGCAACAACAAGAGCAGCAGCAACAGCAAGGCGAGGACGGGGAACAGGGCGGUGAAUCUCAGAGCAUGUCCGAUCAGCUCCAGGACCUAGCGGAUCAACAACGAGAGCAGGCUCAGGAGAGCGAGUCGGCUUCGCAAUCUCAACAGCAAAAUCAGCAAGAACGAGCGGAGCAGCAAGAAGAACUGUCAGAUCAGACACAGCAAGCAAACGAGCAGCUCAGACAACAGCAGCAGAGUGAUGAGCAAACUCAGCAAGAUCUUCAAGACGCGAUGGAAUCGCAGCAACAGGCGCAGGAGGCGAUCGAGCGGGGAGACAACGAGACCGCUGCUGAGAAGCAGCAAGAAGCCGCGGACGCUCUGGAGCGCGCGGCUCAGCGGAUGCGUGAGUCAGAGCAAGAGCAAGAAUCCGAUCAGCAGCAAGGUGAACAGCCUGGACAACCAAGUGAACAGGUCGGAGAGGAUGGAGAGCCGAUCGACGAGCUUGCGCAGCAACUGCUCGAUAAGGAACGCGAUGAGCGUGAACGUCGACAGGCGUAUCGCGCGACCGGGCGUCCGGUGCAGGUGAAGGAGGACUGGUGA